AUGGCUGCCGGCCGCAGAUCUGCCCGCAACAAGGGCCCCAGGGCGGUGUACACUGAGGAUCCCUUCGUAUCAGCAGGAAUAAGCGAUGAAUCGAGCUCCGAGAAGCCAGAAAAGCCAUCUAAAAAGAAAGCAAAGAAAUGGGAAGAUCAUGGAUCGGAUGAAGAGUUCGUCGCAGGCCCAGAGCCCGAUGUUGUUGAUGAAGAGGAAGUGAACGAAGUCGAAGAAGAGGAAGAAAUCGAAGAAGAAGACGACAUGGAUGGAGAGGACGACGAUGCUAUGGACGUAGAUGAGAUCGCAAGUACUCCCAAGAGCAAAAGGAAAGCUCCCGCCUCAAAACUUCGAAAACAGACGACAACUCAAAAAGCUCAGACAACCCAAGAAACUCUGGCCCCAUCAUCCUCAUCUGUGGCUGAGUUUCACCAUAGAGGCAUUUUGGAUUCUCGAGAUCAAGUUUCAAAGUUCAUGCACUACAACUUGACCUAUGGCUCUGAUGACCGUGAUUUGGGUCUCACAAUUCACCAGCGCGGUCGAUGGCGAUGGGGACGAGACUCUACUUACCCAACCCGUAUCUCUCUAGAACAGACCCAUGGAGAGUCCGAUUCACCAUUCGGUCAAACCCUUGGUGUUGCUCCGGAAGAUGUCGAAAGAGAAAGAAAAGAAGGAUGGGCAUGGUACUACGACGAGGAGAUCGGUGAAAAAUUUCGGAAGAGACAGCGAGUCGACAAGAAAUUGAAAGAGGCUGAAGCACGCCGAGAAUAUCUACCACAGCCAAAGGAAAAAUCUCAUACAGUACUUCUGGGGCCCGCAAAUGACCAGCAGGCCUUCCAACUUGGUUAUCACGAGGCUAUGAAUGUCAGCCAGGCCUGGGAGGAACAACAGCCCAACAGCUCGGAUCAAACAGGAACCAAGCUCCACGAAGGCUGGCUGAUCAAUAUUGGACAGAAGAUUCAGUGCAUGGCAUGGGCUCCUAAUCAGGACGAUCUACCACAGUAUCUGGCCGUGGCUGCCCCGAUCACAGAAGAUCAAAUGAAGAAAUACAUGAACCCUGAGAGUGACCCCAUCACAUCAUUUGUUCCCUCGCCCCCUUAUCCCGCCGCUCUUCAAUUAUGGGAAUUCAUGUCUAAAAAAGCUGGUACCAUGACCAACACUAUCGACAUGAAUGUCGAACCACAUCUUCGUCUCAUCUUAUGUACUGAAUGGGGGCAUUUGCGGCAAAUGGCCUGGUGUCCUAUGGGACGAGAAAGGCGAGGUAAGGUGGACAACGGCUUGAUAGACGUCGGUCUAUUGGCGGGAGUGUGGGGAGAUGGAAAAGUACGGGUCUUGGACAUCAAGCUACAAAAGGAGUUCAAGAAAUUGCAAAUAGUGAGAGUGACCUCACCAGCGUUCGAGGCGAUCACACCUUCGACCAUCUGUACCACAGUGGCUUGGCUCUCCCCGAGUGAUAUUGCAGUAGGCUGUGCCAACGGUUUUGUCGCGUUGUGGAGCAUUCUACCUUCCUCUAGUCCCGAUCCAUACCUCUACCACCCCAUUCAUACCAGUUACGUCUUGAAUAUCGCUUCCGGUUACCCGGCAUAUCCACACCUCAUCUCAACGAUAUCAGUCGAUGGGGAAACUCGAAUGUGGUCUAUUGUUGAUCCCAUUGGCGAGAAUACAAGCACCGUCCGCGUGCGAUUGAGCUCCUCUCAACUUAGCUAUUCCCCUGUGCUUCAAUCAUUUUGCUCUAGUGAUGAAAACGAAUACGGCCGACUGAUGCCGAUCCGUCGGUUUUUUGCCACUAAUGCGUCCGGAAGACUCAAUGGCACCGUCUCCGCUCUGGCUCCUUGUAGCUUCUGGCACCCCAGCCUCCUCUUUGGUGGCACUGCUGGGGAAGUGAUGGGAACCAACCCUAUGCGUCGCAUCAUGUACGGGAAGGAGCCCCAGUGGCAGCAGAUGUGGUUUAUCCACCAUUGGGUCCCAGGGCAUGACGCCAACGGUUCAGGCGUCAGCCGAUUUCAUGAGGGAUUUCGGGCAGAAAACCCCGGUGUUGUGAAGAGUGGAGAGAGUCGACCAUUGGGCUUGAGUCUCACUACGAUUCACGAUGAAGGUACACACGUCACAGCACUGGGAUGGAAUCCUAACCGCUUGUGUGCAGGCUGGGGCAGUGCGGCGGUUGGCUGUGGCCUAUUGCGGGUCGAAGAUCUUACCGUCUAG